GAGGUGCGGGGCGGGCCGCGACCCUCCCGGGUGCGGAACGAAAGUCCGGGCCUGACAAAGCCGGGCGGGGCAAACUUGGCUCGGCCCCGCCCCGGGAGCUGAGCGGGCUUUCCCUGCGGUGGGCGGCGUGCGCGCUCUUCCCGGCAGCCGCGCAGGUGGAUCAAACCUCUGAGAUACUGUUUGAGUGUUGCUAUGGCAACAGCAAAUCGCCUUUAGGUGGCCCCUCUGGAAAGAGUGCUACACGUGAUACACAUGGUUGCUCUGUGUUGUACUUCUGGGGAAUCUUAACCUUCAGUGAUUUUUUUUUUUCCCUCUGAGAAUUCAGUUUUUAAAACUGAGUAUCAAUAAUUAAUAUUUUAGAGUAGAAGAAGCAAUUUCCCCUAAACUAACUUCCCUGAUUCGAGAAAGAAAGGGGCUCUUCAGUCCCUGUAUUUAAUAGAGCUGCUUCUCCCAGGCCAUUCCAAAGGAGAUUUGAGGUAUAAAGUCACAAAUGUCAUCCAAUGAUGGAAGGUUCAGGAAUCGGGACAGACAUUAUGAUGAAGUCCCAAGAGAUAGGGACUCACCCUAUCACGACGGCACCACAGGAACCCUCCAGACUCUUCGUGACAGUGAGCUGGCUGUGAGCGCUGAUCCCUUGCCACCACCCCCUCUCCCGUUACAGCCACCAUUCGGCCCCGACUUCUACUCAAGUGACACAGAGGAACCGGCCAUAGCCCCAGAUCUCAAACCCGUAAGGCGCUUUGUCCCUGAGUCCUGGAAGAACUUCUUCAGAGGGAAGAAAAAGGACCUAGGAUGGGAUAAGCCAGUGUCUGACAUCAGAUACAUCUCGGAUGGAGUGCAGUGUUCACCUCCAGCCUCUCCAGGAAGACCAAACCACCGCUCACCCCUCAACUCCUGCAAAGAUCCUUGCGGAGGGUCAGAAGGAACCUUUAAUUCCCAGAAAGAGGCUGAGGCCAUGUUUCACCACGAUCCCUACAGUUUCCUUGGCCGACACACACAGACAGCCCAAACGUACAGUGAGAAGGUGGAAGAGUAUAACCUGAGGUAUUCCUACAUGAAGUCGUGGGCAGGCCUGCUGCGAAUUCUCGGUGUGGUGGAGCUGCUUUUGGGAGCUGGCGUCUUUGCUUGUGUCACAGCUUACAUUUACAAGGACAGCGAGUGGUAUAACCUGUUUGGAUAUUCACAGCCCUAUGGCAUGGGAGGCAUUGGUGGCCUGGGCAGCACAUAUGGGGGCUAUUAUUACAGUGGCCCCAAAACCCCUUUUGUACUCGUGGUCGCUGGAUUAGCUUGGAUCGCCACCGUUAUUAUUCUGGUUCUUGGCAUGUCCAUGUAUUAUAGGACCAUUCUUUUGGAUUCUAAUUGGUGGCCUCUAACUGAAUUUGGAAUUAACGUUGCCUUGUUUAUUUUGUAUAUGGCUGCAGCCAUAGUCUAUGUGAAUGAUACCAACCGAGGUGGACUCUGCUACUAUCCGUUGUUUAAUACUCCGAUGAAUGCGGUGUUCUGCCGCGUGGAAGGAGGGCAGAUAGCAGCGAUGAUCUUCCUGUUUGUCACCAUGAUCGUUUAUCUCAUUAGUGCUUUGGUUUGCCUAAAGUUGUGGAGGCACGAGGCAGCUCGGAGACACAGGGAGUGGAUGGAACAUCAGGAGAUAAGUGAGCCAUCAUUGCCAUCCAAAAGGAAAAUGUGUGAUAUGGCCACUGGUGGUGACAGACAGAGAGACCAAGAAGUUAAUGUCAAAGAAUUGAGACCAACAAAAAUGAAACCGGAACUUCUGAGUGGGCACAUCCCUGCAGGCCACAUCCCUAAACCUAUUGUGAUGCCUGACUAUGUCGCAAAAUACCCUGUGAUUCAGACGGAAGAUGAACGAGAACGCUACAAAGCUGUGUUCCAAGACCAGUUUUCAGAGUACAAAGAGCUCUCUGCAGAAGUCCAGGCCAUCUUGAGGAAGUUCGAUGAGCUGGAUGCAGUGAUGAGCAGAUUGCCUCGUUGUUCAGAAAACCAACAGGAACGUGAGAGAAUUUCAAGAAUCCAUGAAGAGUUUAAGAAAAAAAAGAAUGAUCCCACAUUUCUGGAAAAAAAAGAACGCUGUGAUUAUCUGAAGAAUAAACUUUCUCACAUAAAGCAAAGAAUUCAAGAAUAUGAUAAAGUAAUGAACUGGAAUGUGCAAGGUUAUUCUUAAACCUUAUUUGAAACCACUUUUUUAAUGUUAAACUUAAUAUUUAUUUACUGUUUUUUCCAUGCUAGUCCGUGACAGAGAAGCAUGUGCUUUCUGCAUCGGCUUCUUGUUGGUUUAGCUGGUCUGCCAUGCUAUGAUAGUAUGACUUCACUUCAGACAUUUCAAAACAAGUCCAGAUUUACCAAGGACCUUUACUCAGAAUGGAAGAAAUGCUGUGUCCAUCUGUGUACAGUUUAUAUUUAACCUGUUAGAGGUAAAAGUUCUUUAGAGGUCUUAUCCUCACAGUGUGAUGAGCACACAGAGCAUCAUUCUGGGGUCGUUUUCUCCUUUUUAACUCAGGCCAGCUCCCAGGGUUUCUCUAGGACAUGUUUGUCUUCCGAGCCAAGGCGUCCUGCCUUCUCUUGGAAGGGCCUUGAAUCCAGGAUCAACAUUUCCAAGUCUUGGGAUCUCAGGCAAGUUUCCGUAUCUCUCUGUGCCUAUUUUCUCAUCUGCAAAAGUGGAGCUAAUGGUAGUGCCUACCUUGUAGGGUUGUUGUGAGGCUGAAUUAAGUAAUGUUUGUAAAGCACUUAGAAGAGACUGCGGCACGUUACACACAGUCCAUUAGCGCAUGCAGUCCAUAGAAGUGAUUGUGACGUGAACACACUGCCAAGGGAAGGUUCUUACUGAGCACGCUCAACCAGUUAACCAGAAGGCCCACCUGUCUCAUGGGUUUCCUUUUUUGUCAUUAAUAACUCUUACCACAUGUAGCCUUAAGCAGGUGCUUCCCUGUGGUUCUGUGGCCACUGGGGUCCACCGCACCCUUCCUAUCAUGAAUCGCUAUCACUGUGCACAGAGGUCCGCCUCCCCACAGCCCAGCCCGAUGCCAGGAUUGUGUGACCCCUGUUGCCUCUUCUGCCCUGUUGGCUAAGGCCCCAUGACCCUACAUUUGUUUAGAAUCUCCUUUCGAUUUAUUGUGAUGCUUCAUCUUCCCAACCACUCUCUCGGCUGUGGGGCUUUGUCCAUGAGAAGUAUUUUAUUUUUAGUAGUAUGAACAAUGGACUACCUAAACAAAUGUUUUUAAGAAGUCAUUGCUCCUGGAUCCUAUUCAGCAGCGUCUGUCCUGUGGCAAGUUUCCUGGGUGCAGAAGUACACCACAGCUGCCAUUCGAACAAGUAAUGUUCAGACAAUUUUCUAAAGCAAUGAAACCAAAGAAAAGCAUGUUGAAAAGCAGAGCCUUCAAAAGCGUUGGAUAUUGGGGGUGUAGCUCAAGGGUAGAGCAUUUGACUGCAAAAGCGUUGGAAAUUGAAUGGACUUCCUUGUUUUCCUUUAUCUUUGAAAUCUUAUUUAGUGUUUAUUGUUACUAUUUUAAUACCAUGGCUCCCAGAGUAUGCUUACUCUGAGAUACCCUGUGUGUCUCAAGAGGUGACACCUAGGGAAAUGUGAGAUCCCUUUCAAAGCCCCCCUUUAACUGGAACAGCCUCACUUUCUGUUUUAUAAGUUAGGGUCCCAUCUUAAUAUUUUGCUUAAGAAGCACACCAGUGCUUUAAAAAAGGGAAAAAAAAACCAAACCAUGAAUAAUACGAUUUUGAUGGAUCAUAAGGAGUUAGAUUCAUAGUGAAAUGAGGUGUUAAAAAGUUUAACUUUGUGAAACUUAAUUUUUCUAUAAUUGUAAAUGUUAAUCUUUGAAAACCAAUGUUGUAACACUAACUUUUAAAAUUUCUCAUGUCAGUACCUCGGCUUAUUAAAAUUUCAACUACUUGUU